AUGGCGCUGACCGUCGCGGAGCCGUGGCGCGAGGCGGCGGACGCGCGCGGGCGCGUACUGUCGUGGCUGAGAAACGCCACAGGGCUGUCGUCUCUGUUCGACGUGGCGGUGGACACGCCCCUGGAGGCCCUGGCUGCCGGCGCCGAGGAGUUCAUGAACAGCGCAGAGGUGCGGAAGGAGCUCGGCGCCCGGGGCGACGCGCCGUGGGUGCUGAACAGCCCGGCCGUGGAGGCGGCGCUGCACGACGACGAGAUGAAGAGCGCCAAGCCGGCCGUGCAGGCGCUGCUGCGGGGGCCGGCAUCCACGCGCGUGCUGGUCUAUGAGGGCAUCCGCGACGCGCAGGACGGGGUGGUGUCCGUGGAGGCGUGGCUGCGGGAGCUGGAGUGGGACGGGCUCGCCGCGUUCCAGGACGCGCCCCGCGCCGUGUGGCGUAGGAGAAGCGGCAGCGGCGGCGGGCAAGGACAGAAGCUCGCCGGGUACGUGCAGAAGCAUGGGGCGCUCGUGCACGUCGCUGUGUACGAGGCCGGGCACUUGGUGCCGGCGGCGCAGCCGCGGGCGGCGCAGGAGAUAAUCGAGGACUGGGUGUUCGACAAAGGCCUGUUCGGCACGGCGAGCACAUAG